AUGGCUUUGACGGCAAAGGAACUUGUAACGACCUGGGAGAAUGCUCUAUCGAUAUACCGCCGAACAUCACCAGCAACGUACCCAGUGGGGAUUGCAAAUAACCAGUAUCCGGGAAGGAAAUACAAGACUAGUUUCGGCAAACCUUUCAGUCUGAAUAGAAUAAUCUUGAAAGCAGGUCGCAACUCCCCAUGUGACCCCAGUACAAUCUCGGUCUCCAACGACACCCCAAUGCAGCUGGCUCGCGAAAUCCAACAUCGAUCAUGUGCCCAAGUGACGACAUUGCCACUCCAAUAG